AUUUCGUGCUCUGAGACAGAUUUCUUUUUUUGUUUCGUCCCAUUUUCUGGCAAGCCUGCUGUCAAUUUGCACUGUUCAGAUCUGAAAAUGUCUGUUUCGCACGGAACUUGCCAUUUCCACAGACCAAAAGGUCAGAUCCAGAUCAUCUUUGGGCCUAUGUUUUCGGGCAAAACAACCGAAUUAAUUCGUCGACUGAAACGCUAUGAAGUAGCCAAUCACAAAUGUUUGAUUGUCAAGUAUGCCAAGGAUUUGCGGUAUGAAGCCAAAUGCGGAGACGGAGUUGCUACUCACGAUCAGCAAAGUCGAGCAGCAGUAGCCGCAACCGCCUUGUCCUCUAUCACGCACCUGGCAAAUAGUUGCAGCGUUAUUGGGAUCGACGAAGGCCAGUUUUUUCCCGAUGUUGUCGAGUUUUCCGAAAUGAUGGCGAAUGCUGGCAAAAUCGUUGUCGUUGCUGCCUUGGAUGGAACCUACCAACGAUCAGGUUUCGGCAAUUUCUUAAAUUUGGUACCACUGGCGGAGAAUGUCGUCAAACUAACAGCCGUUUGCAUGCAUUGCUACGGCGAAGCCGCUUUUACUCAACGCCUUGGUUCCGAAACAGAGGUGGAGCUGAUUGGAGGCUCUGAAAAAUACAUGGCCGUCUGCCGUGAAUGUUAUCGCAAAUAUAGCGAGACCAAUAACGAAUCUUUGGCGGUAGACUGCUGCCAUGGCAACCGCAUGUCGUCUCCGUUCCACCAAAUGCACCAGCGUUCAAAUACCAAAUCUCCUCUUAAAGUAAACAAUAGCCCGACAAAGCACAUAACUGUAGGAGUCAAUCGAAUACUUUCCUUUGAUAAGGAAAAUGUUUAAUUCACAACUUCUGAAAGGAAAAACGUUUUGAGUUUUAUGUGGCAUGACGUAGUUGUCUUUGCUCUUCCUCCCUUUCCCCCAUAUUUCUUCGAUCCGCCAUUUUGCUUUUUGUUUUACGAGUCUCAUGAAAAUUUGCAAGUUCAUUUUAGUUUUUAGAUGCUGCUGGCCAAUCGCCGCAGGUAUUCAUUUCCUUUUACCAGUAAUCAUGUAAGCCGUUUUAUUUUGAAAUUUAACAUGCCAAUAGAUAAAGUGAAUGCCGAA